AUGUCUUUUCCCCAGGAUUCCCGUCGCCGUCGCGGUGGAGCCGGCACCGGUUUCAGCUCGACAGGCCGACGAACCGCCAUGGGCUAUUGGAUUCCCCUGGCUCUCACAGUGGGAGUUGCGACACUGAGCAUUGCGGCCUGGAUAUGGAGCGAACGUGACGAGGACGACGAAGAUGACCGCCCCCACAAUGGUCACUAUCCCCCUCCUCCUCCCGGUACCGUCGGUAGUGACCUUCCUCCUCCUUUAUAUGAGACGGGUGACUAUGCGAGAGGUACGGGAACGGAUGGAGCACCUGGCGAUAACCCUUAUGAUCCCAGCUUCAUGGGUCGUAUGCAAGGUGCUUUGCGCCGAACCCCUAGUCCACAACAGCUCUUCGACGGGGCAAGCCGACGAGUUAUGGCUGGUGUGACUGCGGCCGGUGCCUAUGUUGGCGGUGCACUUACUUCAAUUCGGGAAGAAAACCGCGGUGAUUUUGAAGAUCACACGAGGUGGUCCGAGGAGGCGCAGGCCCGGGCUACUCAAAGAGAUCAACAAACUGCUGCCGCACCGACUAUGAGCGGAGCGCUACCAAGCCGUGCACCAGCUGCUGGUCAGAAUGCUCCUGACAAGAAGAAGAAGACAGUUGCUAUUGUUGUCUCAUCCCUUUCUCCUCCUGGCUCCGAUGAAUUCGCUUCGGAACACGCUUCUAUUCUGUCUCAUCUCCCCGAACAUGUUGAUCUUGAUACUUCUCGAAUCUUCGUUUUGAUCUAUGCCCCGGAUCUCAAGCAUGCGAUUGGACAAGGCAGUGCAUCCCACCAGACCACCUCCAUUGCGUCCUCCUACUCCAAUAUUGCAACGGAGGAGGCUAAUUCAUCCGCUGAAUUGGUUGGCGAAUUGCCAACCGUGGAGCCCCGCCAUGAAGAUGAUAUUGAUGGCACAAGCCCGCUCUUCAAGACUUUGUUCACUCAGGGCCAGGCAAUUGUUGAAAAAGAGACCAUGAUCAUGCCAUUCAACACUGCCAGCGGCUAUGUCCACCUCGUGCGCCAUCUUUCGCCCGACCUGGUUUAUGUCCAGGAAUCCCUUACCGGCAAUGAGGGUGACGCUGUCCAGCACAUUGCAGGCUGGGUUCGCCAGGUCAUUGUUGUCGUUGGCGAUGAAGGUGGCCGCGGCGGCCUCAUUGACAGUGAUGAUGAAUCUGCUCUUGCUGACAAGGGAGAGAAAUGGUGGCAGAAGGAGGGCACCAUUGGUAUCGGCAAGCGCAUUGAUGUCGUCGACGCGCUUCGUGUAGGAGAUGACUGGCGCCGCCGAGUGCGUGGGUUGGACUAA